AUGAAGGUGCGAUACAUGUGUGGAAAUAUAUACCUGGCCUCUUUCUCUCUUUCUCUCACUCCCCUUCAUCCACUCCAAACAAUCUCCGCUUGCAGCAUUAAUUAUCGCAAUUACAUACCUAGAGUCCUAGUACAACCCUCCGAGAUUUCACCCUUCCCAUGUCAUACAUGUCUUCAUACCUGGCUUCGGUUACAAUUCCUAUGCUCAUCCACACUGAACAUAUUGGCCCUCACCGUGUCUAGUUCGGCCGUAAGAUUCAAGCAUUUGUAUGAACGCAAUCAGCUGUGUUCGGUUGGGUGUUUCAUACUCAGACAGCCAAUGCUGUCGCUGAGGAGGGGGGUACAUGACCGUGAUUCCGGAAACACUUCGAAGACCACUAGCAAUCUCGGACAGGCGCGGAUCUUUGGGAAUUGCGGUCCUCACAUCCGAAUAAAGUCCACCCUUUACGACGGUGAGAAGGGAAAUGCCAUUGUGUUCAAUCUAUAUACUUGUUCUAUUCCUAUUCAGUACUUGGAGCAGGAUUUAGGGAAGGCUAAUCUGCUGACGCAUAAAGCCUCGACACUACUCCAUGCCCCUCAUAUUAUUCAGUCUUUAUCUUCCUCUUUCCAGCCUGAUGAUGACAAGCACUACCUAAAUCCUACCGUGGGCAUCGUCCAUUCCCACCGACGACCUCUCAAAAUGUCCCUCAUCCUCCUCCUCGAUUCUCGGAGCCCUUGUAGGGGCUAUUUCCAGUUACCGCCUUGUUGUCAAGUUCUGCACGAACAGCUUGCAGCAAACGCAGUUGUUGCGCAUCUCAUCCAGAAUGCGCCUGGCUACUCUGCCACAUUUUUGAUUGCGGAAAUGGUGUGUUUUACACCGCACGCCCACGGCUCCCCUGGAUUGUUCUUUUGCUUCUUAGUCUACCAAACCAGCAAUAUCGAUCAUCCUAAGAUCGUUCCUGGGUUGAUUUCUCUUGCUAUCACCGGCAGGACUGUUCGAUUUGGAGCCGUUCAUGGGUUCUAUCAGGUUAGAAGUGAAGGAAACAAACUCCUUUCAUCAAGCGCCAAAAUGAUGUAUGGAGGCGCGAUAUUCUAUCCCAACAGUGCCUGCUUCACUCCAAUAAGCUUUGAAGCCGCCCUCGCAAAAAUGCUUACAACAAAUAUUCUUACGAAAGACUAUGCAUUUCCGUUUCUAGAACUCCCAGUCCUCAUCCACGGAUUUGAGGACUAUUAG